UUACACACAUGUGCAAACAGACUCAAACAGGCGAGUAACAGACUCACAACAACACAUAUGCCAGCAGAUAGAAAACUGCAGAUCUAAAGAAGACCAAAAACUCAUUUUGAUGAUCACAAAACUUUGCUAAACUUUCUUAUGACGAUAUGACGACAAUUACUGGCGAAAAUAAUUCUGCACUUACAUAAAAAUAUUCAACUUUUUUUCAACAGUCUGGAUCUGAUUUAACAAAGGGAGACUGGUGGGUUUUUUUUUCAGAAAUUCCUGAAAACAACGUUUUUGCAUUUGUGCCCCAACUAAGAAAAAGAAACCCAAGGUUUUGUCGGAGGAGACCAGAAAGAGAAAAGAGGAGAGUGACAGAAUAAAAAGAAGGACGAGGAUAGAUAUUGGGCCAGCGUUCGCUCGCUGGCGUGAACUAAAGAAGGAGGAGGGCUUUCUGACCAAUGCUGAGUUGAUCGUCAUGCUUUUGUACUAAAAUGAAGUCAGAUUCAGUUGCAAUGGUGACACCACCAUCAAAGUCACAUAACCAGGAGACACAGGAGACAGUGUGCAUCUUUGGGACCGGUGACUUUGGUCGUUCAUUAGGGCUUCGUUUGCUCCAAUCGGGGUACAAUGUUGUGUACGGAUCCCGAGAUCCUAAAAACUCUCUGUUGCUGCCUAAGGGUUCAAAGGUCAUGUCUCAUGCAGAUGCAGCUCAUGAAGCGCAGGUGAUAUUUGUGGCUGUACAGAGGGAGCACUAUGGAUUUUUGAGCUCAAUGGCUUCUGAUCUCACGGAAAAGGUGCUGGUGGACAUCAGCAAUAAUCUCAAGAGCGGCACGUACAGAGAAUCCAACGCAGAAUACCUGAGCACGUUGGUUCCAGGGGCAACUGUGGUCAAAGCCUUCAAUACCAUUUCAGCCUGGGCACUGCAGUCUGGAGGACUGGAUGCCAACAGACAGGUGCUUGUUUGUGGAGAUCGUGCUGAUGCUAAACAACUGGUGGUGGACAUUGCCCAGGGUCUUGGUUUCACUGUCCUGGAUAAAGGUUCUCUAAGAGCAGCUGCUGAGCUGGAAGAUCUGCCUUUGCAACUCUUCCCACUCUGGAGACUUCCUCUCUGGAUCGCCAUGGGUCUAACCGCUUUGAUUUUUUUCUACGCACUCACAAGAAUUGUCAUCUACGAGCGCGUCACCAACGGCAAAGACAUCGCCUUUCGUAUUAUGAUCUCGUUAGCCAAUAAGGCCUUUCCGACUGUCGCCUUGGUGAUGCUGGCCCUGUGUUACCUGCCAGGCGCCUUGGCUGGAUUCCUGCAGCUUUAUAACGGCACAAAGUACCGGCGCUUCCCUGAUUGGCUGGAUCGAUGGAUGCUGUGCAGGAAGCAACUGGGACUCAUAGCUCUGGCCUUUGCUUUUCUGCAUGUUAUCUACACCUUAGUUAUUCCCAUCAGAUAUUAUGUACGCUACAGGAUAAAUGUCUACACUAUAUCACUGAUUAAAAAUAAUGUAUCCUAUGAUUUUGAUAACACGGCAGCCUGGCGUCAUGAUUCCUACUAUUCCAUGGGAAUUCUUGGAUUUGGGCUAUUUGUCCUGUUAGGAAUUACAUCCCUUCCAUCUGUGAGCAACUCCCUAAACUGGAGGGAGUUCAGAUUUGUACAGUCUAAACUAGGCUACAUUACCCUGCUUCUCUGCACCCUCCACACAUUUCUGUACGGCUGGGACAAAUUUCUAAAACCUUCAUCAUACAAGUGGGGGAUGCCCCCUGUGUACAUGCUGUCUCUGGUGGUCCCCUGCGUGGUUCUGAUACUAAAACUGAUCCUGAUCACUCCGUGCAUGGAUCACAAAGUCACUCGCAUACGACAAGGGUGGGAACGACAGAACAAGACUUUAGCAAAGACCAGCCAACCGCUAAUGGCCUAGUGGCGGUUGAAAAAUAGUAAGGUUUAGUUUGAGUGUCGCCUGUUGCAUUAAAACAGGUAGCAAUUCAUCUUUUCCACAAUCAGAGCUGGAGAGGGCUUGGCUUCUCAAUGCUCUUAAGCUUGCUGCAGACAUUUUCAAUUACAGUUAACAGUCUCUUUGGAGCUGCACUGAUUAUUAUCUCACAUUAAUCCAUAUAGCCGACAAAAAAAAAAAAGAGUUUAUUCUUGAGCUAUGUUAAGUAACUUGCAAAUGCAUAAAUAUUUUAUAACCGUAGAUUCUUAUCAUAUUACAUCUCAUAAUAACCCAUAUCAUCUCUGUUCAUGUUAGAAAUGUUCUCUCCUCUUUAAAGAACACAAAGUUAUCCGACGUGGGGAUUUCUUUAGCCCACAUUUAUUAGAGCACACUUCUUUGUACCGUGUAAAGCUCUUUAACUUGUCUUUUAUUACCUGUUCCUCUGAGCUAUUUCCUCUCAAGAGCCUCCCAGUGGGCUUUUCCCUUUAGAUAUUAUCGAUCCGAAACUGAGCAGCAACUUCCUUCUUGAUCUGUUUCUGGCUUUCCUGUCUGCAGGAAAGCUCAUCGUUCUCUCUCUUGUGAAGUAUAAAGGACCUGUCAAUCACGUCUGGAUUCAGGUGCCUUGACUGGUGGAUGGGUCUUUCUGUAUAGUGCUUUUAUGAAGAAUUGCCACCUGCCGAACAGAAAUAGCGUGGCACAUUAUGUGCUGGAUGUUACUGAAAGCAAUGCUGAAGAAAACUAAUAACUUCACUUAUUCCCAACACAAAGCAUUGAGCGAGUUUAAAAUAUUGGAUACGAUUGUGAUGUUAUUUUUGUAUUACUUGACAUUAAAUAUGAAGCAUCAGAUGCAAUAAAGACUUUUCAUAUCAUUCUGACAUUUAUAUUUGCUUUUAGAUUUGACCAUAAUAAUUCAUACGGAUGGAUGUUUGGAAGGGCACAGCAACCACUGGCAGUGCACUUUAUUGGUUUAUUGUGUAUAUAAAGCAACGGUCUUAUUGUGUACACAUAUAUUUGUGCAUUAAAGCGUUGUGAAAUAUUUA